UAUCAGAAAAAGAAAAAAAAAAAUCAGAAAAAGUAAUACUAAAUAAAACGUAAUAAAAUUUGUACCUUUUUUCUCAACGAUCCUUCCUUAAACUUGGCCAAUUGAUACGUGACCUCGCGCUGUCUUCUCAGUCUUGUCUGUGUUUCUCUGUGUUUGUUAUUGUUGUGAAUGGCGAGCAGAUACUGGGCAGUUUCUCUUUCGGUUCAGAACUCUGUGUCCACUGUGUGGAAUAAUUUACAAGACCAAAUCUCCAAGCAUUCCUUCGACACUCCUAUUUACAGAUUCAACAUACCCAAUCUCCGUGUUGGAACUUUCGAUUCCCUCCUUUCUCUCACUGAUGAUCUCUUCAAAUCAAAUAGCUUUAUCGAAGGAGUUUCUCACAAAAUCAGGAGGCAGAUCGAGGAACUGGAGAGGGUAUCUGGAUUGGAGACCAAUGCUCUCACGGUUGAUGGAGUCCCCAUUGAUUCUUAUCUAACCAGGUUUGUUUGGCAUGAAGCAAAGUACCCAACAAUGUCCCCUUUGAGGGAAAUUGUUGAUGGUAUUCACACUCAAGUGGCAAGGAUUGAGGAUAAUCUCAAGGUUCGUGUCGCUGAGUAUAACAAUGUGCGUGGGCAACUUAAUGCCAUAAAUCGAAAGCAAAGUGGAAGCUUGGCUGUUCGUGAUCUGUCUAAUCUAGUGAAGCCAGAGGAUAUCAUUACUUCGGAACACCUAGUGACUCUCCUUGCAAUUAUUCCCAAGUAUUCGCAGAAGGAUUGGCUAUCAAGCUAUGAAACAUUGACUAGCUAUGUGGUCCCUAGGUCUUCCAAGAAGUUGUAUGAAGAUAAUGAAUAUGCUCACUACACUGUCACAUUAUUUGGUCGCGUUGCAGACAAUUUCAGAACUAGUGCACGUGAAAGAGGCUUCCAAAUUCGUGAUUUUGAAUAUAGUCCAGAAGCACAAGAGAGUCAAACACAGGAACUAGAAAAAUUGAUACAAGAUCAAGAUACCUUGCGAAGCUCUCUUUUGCAAUGGUGCUACACUAGUUAUGGAGAGGUUUUCAGCUCCUGGAUGCACUUUUGUGCUGUACGUGUCUUUGCAGAGAGCAUUCUGAGAUAUGGUUUGCCGCCAUCUUUCCUGGCAUGUGUUUUAGCCCCAUCUGUGAAGGGUGAGAAGAAAGUGCGAUCUAUCCUUGAAGGAUUAUGUAAUAGUGCAAACAGCACAUGCUGGAAAAAUGAAGAAGAAGGUGGAGCGAUGGCUGGUUUAGGAGGUGAUGCCGACGCCCAUCCCUAUGUCUCCCUCACAAUUAACAUUGCUUGAUGAAUGUAGUCUUGAAUAGCUUUGUCUGUUCUUGAUUCCAAGCAUAUUCAUCAAGAGAAUAAUAAUAAUAAUAAUAAGGAAAAGUGUUUAGAGAUGCUGUAUAUUCGGUUUAAUAGCUUGAUUCUUUGGUUGUUUAUGGACAUCCUCGGCUUAGGAAGCUCCAUUUGAAGGUUUUGUGGAAUACAGUGGAUGAAACUUUUGUUUUCUAAGUUUAUCAGGCUUUUAAUCCGUUGUUUCUAUUUUUAACAAGCAGUAAUAUUGAGGCUCCACCUGUGCCUUUUAUGCAUUGUGUAUUGUGAUUACUUCGAAUAUCAUAAAUGCAUCUUCUUCACGUUUCUUUGAACUUGUCUACUUUUGGAGCAAGCACCAUAAACCGUUGGUUGAAAAAUAGGAAAUAUCCUGUCAAAAGGCCUCGUCUAAAUCGAAACCAGCUUGAAUGUUUCGACCAAAAUGGAAAAAAAAAGUGCAAUACCGUUGGUAGUUCAACUCGAUUUUUUGGUAAGAGAUAAAAAGAGAAGAAAGACCAAACAAGAAAUUCCAAAGUAAAAAGACAGGCAAUAAAUCUCUCCUCAUAGCUUGCUUAGAAAGGUAAAUCAGUGGUAUACCCCCAACUGCUCAUUAUUUUUUACCGCUGCAGUGGGGGAAAUUUGAUCUUCAAAUGAAAUUCCAUAUCGUGAUCUAACUACAACAUAAAAAAAAAAAAAAAAGGUCCCCGGAAUUUAGAGGAU